AUGUCAACAGGUACAACAGAAGAAGCAGGGAAUAAACAAUUGAUUAAUAUGGAUAUUGAAGAAAUCGCUCGAAUUGAUGCUGCAACAAAAGCAAAAAAUGUUAUCAAAAAUAAAGGAUACGAUGAUAUCCUUAUUUCAGAAAGUAAAUCGAUUAGUGGCAGUAGGAAAGAAAUUAGCCAGAAAAAAGAUAACGCUGAAAUGCAAAUGGAAGAGAAGCUACAACAACAGCACCAGAGGAAAAUUGACACAUUAAUGGAGGAAUUGCCAUUGAAGGUGAAAAACAAGAGAAGCUUAGAUCAGUUAGUUGAAAGAAAGCCAAAGAAGAUUAGAGCGCCAGAACAUGAAAUGACGCCACAACGUAAGAUUAAUUAA